CGAAGUUCACGUGACCGCCUGGGCGCAGAUGUGGGCACCAGUCCGGGUGUCCGCCCUGCCUCCCCGCGGUCCGACCCGGAGCUGUCUGCGAGCUCUUAAUUGUUGCUCCAGGUUCUUUCAGGUCUGCGUGUCUGCUGUUGUCAGCACUCUGCUAGACUAGAAAAGGAGGAGAAACCUGUCCAGAAUUCCCGCAGGACAGGGUAAGGAGGGGAAAUCUCAACAUGGAAAAACUCUGCAAUGAAAAGGAAGAAAUGCCUGAGAACCAAGGAAAGAUGGAAAACAAAGAACAGCCACUCGAUAUGGGAAAGCCGGAAGUAGCUUGUAGUCUGGAAGACAAGGAGAAGUUAGAAAACGAGGGAAAGACAGAUCACGAGGGAAAGACAGAAGAUGAGGAAGUACUAAAUGAUAAGGAGAAGCCAGAGAGUGAGGCAAAGCCAGAAGAAGGAGAAAAAGCAGAGAGCCAUGGAAAGCCAGAAAACCAGGGAAAGCCAGUGAGCCAGGGAAAGCCAAAAGAAGAAGGAAAACCAGAGACCCAGGGAAAUCCAGAGAGCCAGGGAAAGCCAAAAGAAGAAGAAAAGCCAGCCAGCGAACCAAAGGCUGCAGGAAAGCGCCCAGCUGGGGAUGAUGUACCCAGGAAAGCCAAGAGAAAAACCAACAAGGGGCUGGCUCAGUGCCUCAAGGAAUAUAAGGAGGCCAUACACGAUAUGCAUUUGAGCAAUGAGGAGAUGAUAAGAGAAUUUGAUGAGAUGGCUAGGGUGGAGGAUGAGGUGAAGAAAACCAGACAGAAAUUGGGGGGGUUUAUGUGGAUGCAAAAAAGCUUACAGGACCCCUUCCACCCGAGGGGCCCAAGGGAACUCAGGGGUGGUUGCAGGGCGCCACAAAGGGGCUUUGAAGACAUUCCUUUUGUGUAGUGCCCUGGCCUCCAUGGGCCAGGCCCUGUGCUUUAACCUUAGGCUAAUACUUUACUUUAGGUGUCAUUCUUGUUAUCCAACCGCAGCCCUCUGUGUUUCAGUAGCAGAUAUUCAUCCGUUGCAUGGAAAAAUGUUUAUAGUGCAUUAUAAAAUUAAAAAGAAAACAGUUUGCAGCACCAUA